UGCUGAAGACAUACAAGCAGGUGAUCUCUUCAAGCAGCUCCUAAUUCCUAUGACCAGUCAUUCCGGAAUGUGAACAUCUGUGAGAGGAAGGCGUCACCUGGUUCAUGCUAGCCAGGAUAUAUGGCCUUUCAAAAGGACUGUGGAGUGUGGAUCUGCUGUUAGGCGCUUAAAGAUGAAUUCCAGCAGCUGCAGUAACUGUGCAAGGGGACAUGAUCUGGCCUUUGCCAGUAGCUACUCACUGAUCUUUAUGAUUGGCCUCCCACUGAACUCUGCAGCUCUGUACUUUUUUAUCUUUGGAGAUGUUGUCCGCUCCAUCACCACAAUCUACAUGAAGAAUCUAGUGGUCUGCGAUCUUCUGCUGUUGGCAUCACUGCCGCUGAGGAUAUACUACUAUGGCUGGCAACCCCAGCUGUCUCAAACCACAUGUGAAAUGGCAGGGCUGUUGCUCUUGGUUAACAUGUAUGGCAGCAUCUUUCUUCUGAUUUCCAUCAGUUCAGACCGUUGGAUGGCCGUGUGCUUUCCGCUCAGCUCCUGGGCCCAGGCCAUACGCCGACGAGCCAAGUACAUCUGUGUGAGCAUAUGGACUUUGAGCAUUGGGGGAACCAUCCCCACAUACUUUGUUGGCAAGAAUGCUAUGAAAAAUAGCACUCAGUGCUUCGAUGGACAUCCUCAAUAUAUCGCAAAUGUUAGUAUUUCCAGUGCUAUAGUGCUGUGCUAUGCCAUUGCACUGGUUGUCAUGGUAACCUCCUCCUUUGGUCUGCUGCAUGUUUUUCACCGGAGCGCAAGUGUUGAGAUGGAGCUGAUCAAUAUAUCCAAGAUCAGGUUUAUGGUAGUGAUGAAUGUGGCCAUUUUUCUGGGCUGCUUCUUGCCCUACCAUUUGACAGUACUUGGCUAUCAUGUACCAGGGUUGAACAAAAAGUAUUUAGAUCAGGUGUACAAAUAUGUCCUGCUCCUAUCCUGUGUGAAUGCUGCUCUAGAUCCUCUGGCCUAUUAUUUUAUCACUGAGACCUUCCAACAUCUAAUGCCCCUACAGCCCUUCCUUAGGAGCCGGAUUUCACACAGUGACUACAUGGAAGGAAUAAUGCUGUCUGGCCAGCCCUUGAGAGCAGAGCCUCCCCCUGCUUUUGGCAUUCCUCCAUCUUGAACAAGGAAGAGGCCACUGGAUCAGGGCAGCUUUUACCACACAAGCAUUUGCCAUUUUACAUGUGGUCUGGUGUAAUUGCAUUGCUAAAAUAAGAAAGGCAUUCAUGCCAGUAAAACAUUCAGAGUCAGAAACAGGUCUGGGUAGACUGGGGAAGUUUGCUGACUAUUUCCUUGGGAAAUUACAAACUCCCCAGCUCUAACUGGGGAGUCUACUGGAGUUGGGCGGCCAAUAAAUGUAAAUAAAACCAACGAACUUGGCAGAGCUUCCUAGACCCUUGACUAUAACAUAACUAGAUAAGAAUCCUUUAUUGCAUACUUGAAUGAAGCCACUUCAAAUAAUUGAUUGUCCUUAGUGCGUGGUGUUCAGAUCUGAAGCAAGAAAAAGUGUACUAAAUCUUCACGGGCAUCCUUUCUAUACCAACUGGCUGAUCCUUAAACAACCCUGCCUUUCCCAAGGCUUACACACUAGCAGAAAGGGCUCAGGGAAAUAUGUGUUUGAGUUAAAGAAGCAUUAAGGAGAUGGUAAUAUGGUGUAACAUUUUGCCUUAACUCAAAUGAUCAUUUUCUUCCAUGCAAGUUUUGGAAAAGGCAUGGCUCCUUUAAGGAGCAGCCAACAGAUGAAAAGUGAGUGCCCUUGCCAAAUCCAAAUAUGACAGUACAGUUUCCUUUUAGGUCCAACACAGUUUAAACCCAGCACUACUUUUUCCACUUUUCCAUGGUUUAAUCGGACACUUUAUUUUGCUUUUCUCAGGCUUGGUGCUAGAUGACAGAUAAUUGACAUAAUGGGCAUUGCUGUUCAAGGAAGCUGUAGCUCUCGAUGUAAUUUUAUAGGACAUAUUUAUAAGAGGAGGAGGACUCUGCACAUAAAAGGUACAGCCCGUUUUUCUGGCCAGUAUCUGAGAUACCCACAGACAUUCUUGGUUUAGAUAUCUGAUUUGUUUCCCACUAUCUGGCUGAAUCAUAGCUCAGCAUCUCUCACAGAGAUUUCCAGAGGUUAGUCUUCUGGCACUAAUACAAUUCCCCAAAAAGAGAACAUUUGUAGAGGAUAAAGUAAACUGUCUAUUCAGCAAAUAACUGCCUACCUCUGAUGCUUGGAAGAUUGACUAUGUUACAGAUAUGGAAGAUGAAAUUACCAGAAAGACUCUCAUUUCAGUUUAAGGCAUUGUAAAUGGGAUUCAGCACCAGUACAUGUUUUGACUGAAGUCACUGGAAUAAUAAAAACCUUAAGCAUAUAUCGAUUCUCUUUUAUUAUACACUUGAGAUAUGAAGCUGGAUGUCAGAUUUCGGGGUAAGGUCCGGGGCACACAAUGGUUCCAAAAUCUUUUUCUAAAAAUGAAUUGGGGAAGGAGAGAAAGGCUGGAGCUUCUAAAUCAGGGAUAGACAAUCUUUUUGGGCUAAGGGUGAAGUUCUGAGGGCAUACAGUGGGCACACUCGAGAGACUUUUCCAUGUGCAAAAUUGGCUGCUGUAAUGGGUAUAGUUUGUAAAAACCCCAUAUACCAAAAGCCAAACGAACACUACAGGGUGCUUUCUAGCAUCAUAAUGGAACCCACUGUUGCCAAAGACCUGCACGAAUAUGUUCAGGUAAGUCAUCAGGCAUUGAACUUGACUUGAAGGACAGUUUUUUACACGUCAUUAUGCAUUCAUGCAUAUGCGUGCACAAAGGCAGACAUGGAGUGAAGCAGUGAUUCCCAAUUACGGCCACAGUAGCGCUGGCUGUAUGUUUGAAUAUUCAGAAAGUGGCAGCAACUGGCUGGUCUUGUCUGAGGUGGGAAGUGAAACAGGGCCAGGCCUGGUUAGUACAUGGAUGGGAGAUCACCAGGGAAUUCUAGGGCUGUAAUUAUGCACUGGAAGUUGGAAAACCAUCUCAGCAAAUGGCAAUAGAAAAGCAAUUCCAUAUUUUUACUCAGGAAACUAUAUAGGCACCAGGGCUUGAGCUUAACACAAAAGAGACUUGACUUCUUUUAAUAUGGUCACUGAUGUUCUUUCCCUUUUCUCCAUACAGGGCAAACAAAACUGCACAUAUGAGCAAAAAGGAGUUUUGCAGAAGCUCAGACAAUGUUUGUAUUUGUACAGUGGCUUAAUCAGCUCUGUUAAAGACCUUGAGGCUACAUUUGCACAACAUUGCUAAGUUUGGCUACUGUGAAACCAUUAAUUUUUCAUGGUAUGGAAACCCAGCCCAUGUGGUUAGUUUAUAGUUUAGUGUAUGAUGCAAAUCCAGAAAAGAGUCAGUUCAGUAACCAGGAACUUGUGUGAACCUAGCCUGAAUAAGUUUUUCUCCUUUCCCUUAAAACAGUGUUGUCCAAACUUGGCCACU